AUGCAGUCCGGCAUAACAGCCUCCCAAGAACUCCACACCGCCUUCCAAACCCUCCUCUCCACGCCCACCCAGCGCGGCCUCCUAGCAAGCAUAUCCGACGAGGCCCUCGUCCCCGUUAGGACCAUUCCUUCCACGUCCUCCAACUUUACCGCCGACCUGGCAAAUCUCGCCCCGCAUCUCAAACCCGACGCCGCGCUCUAUAUUCUGCUCCGCAGAUCCCUCAGCACCACCUCGUCUCCCUCCUCCUCAGCUACAGGCGGCUUUGUCGCCAUAGCAUACAUCCCCGACCGUGCGCCGGUCCGCCAAAAAACCCUCUUUGCUUCCACGCGCCAAACCCUCCUCCGCGAGCUCGGCUCCGAGAACUUCGGCGAGAGCCUCUUCGUUACUGAGGCCGAGGAGCUGAGCGAGGCGGGCUGGAAGAGACAUGAGGCGCAUGGGAAUGCGGAGCGGCCGUUGACGGAGGAGGAGAGGAAUCUGGAGGGGAUUAAAGAGGCGGAGGCGCGGGAGGCGGGGGGCACGGGCGGGAGGAAGAGGGUUGGGGGCGGGCAUUUGACGGUUAAUGUCGGGGACGGGGUUGAAGAGGCUGUGAGGGGGCUUGGGGAAGAGGGGGACGGGGAUAAUCUGGUCGUGUUGAAAAUCGACAUCCCAACCGAAACGCUCCAUCUCGACUCCACCACCACCGCCUCCCCCUCCUCCCUCAGCUCCUCCAUCUCCUCCACCGAGCCCCGCUAUUCCUUCUACCGCCACUCCGAUCCCUCCUCCUCCUCCUCUUCCACAUCCACCCAACCCAUCCUCUUCAUCUACACCUGCCCGCCCUCCUUCAAGAUCAAAGACCGCAUGAUCUACGCCUUGACCAAGAACGCCGUGACAGUGCUAGCCGAGAGGGAUUGGGGUCUCCCGAUCGCGCGGAAGCUAGAGGCGAGCGAGCCGGAGGAGAUUAGUGCGGAGAGUAUCGAGGCGGAGUUUAGGCCGAAGGAGGAGGUCAAGAGUGGGUUUGCGAGGCCGAAGAGGCCGGGGAGGCGCUGA